AUGCUCCAUCAGUGCACUCACACAAAGUAUGACAAGAACCCCUGGUGGAAAGUGAAUUUGAAAUCCCCCCAUCGCAUCCAAUCCGUGGCCAUCACCAAUCGUGGUGACUGCUGUCGAGAGAGAAUUAAUGGUGCUGAGAUCCGUAUUGGAAAUUCUACAGACAAGGGAGGAAUCGGCAACCCCAGGUAG